AUGAUAUCAGAUUUGUACACACCCAGUGAUACCUUGACGUGGGAAGAGCGGAAACAGUCACAACAUCUUGAUGCGUAUCAUCUGAGUCAAAACGCAGCUGAGCGAUGGGCGUUAGAGAAUUGUAUACUCCUAGCUUUCGAUGAUUCCGAUAUCGAAUACCUACGAUACAAUGAGAAGGCCCGCGAGGUUGUCGACUGCAUGGAAUCACCAGAUUCUGCCACAGCAUACGUUGAGCGUCUCGAAGCCACUACGAAUACCAGACUCUGCGAAGGCAGAUGCGCAAAGGGCCAGCCGUGCGAAGUAUGCUCGCCUCACAAGUGCAAGAUUUGCUCGGAUCUGCCCGAAUUUCUGGCACAUGAUACAGUUCGCACUCUUAAAGAGAUCAAUCCUCGCAACUUGCUCCAAAAGGACGAGGACGUUGCUCUGUGCAGCCAUUUUCUUGCCAUCUCGUACUGUCAUACCGAACGGACAAACCCGGAAGCCAACUCCUACGAGUACUCACUGCGAAGCUUCCGAAUCCGCAAUCUUGACGGGACGCUCCGAAACAACAGGGCUCCAGAUCGCGUCCUAGACCAGGCUAUCGCUGCCGCUUACGUCGCGGGAUGCAAGCUGAUAUGGAUCAUUGAGGACUGCUCCCCUUCGCUAUCCUGCUCAAGUCCCCAAAAUGAUCGCAGUCUCUUGGAAGCCGAAAACUGGAAUAUCAUGUUUCAGCUCUCGCAUCAAACGGCAGCACUACUAUCAGUCGAGAUCGAAUGCCCUGAGGAGUUAGAGGUUCUUUGUUACCUCCUGGUGAACGGCAACAGCAUGAAAGGGCUAAACGAGUCCCGCCGAUCUGAGAUACUUUAUCAUAUCAGCUACCUUUUCGAGCGCAUUGGACAGGAUAGCUGGUCUACUUGCGGCUCCACAUUAGGGGAAACGAUAACUGCAGGCGAAGACUUGUUCCUCGUCUUGCAUCGCACCGCUCAAACGGAUUGGAGCAUUAGCACCUGGCCUCCUCGUUUUUGUCGGGCCUCCCUCCUGGAACACCAACAUCCGAACAUACUCUGCCUCCCGAUUCUCGACUUACAAAGAAUAGUUCUCAAUCUCAGAUCAUUCCUCAGCGAUUCUCGAAUAUCGUCUACACUGAAUGAGCCCAACCUGUACUGGCACAUGGAAUCUCCGCACCCUGCCGUGUCAUUGGUACAAAAUGUUGCGAAACUAUUCCCCUUCGUAAGGUCUACUACAGUGAGGAUCAAAGUCAAAACCGGAGGAUCUAUUUCAAUGACACCAAGACCCAGAGCAGACGCAGCUUCUGCACUGACUCUUCUCAAGGACCGAACAGUUGAUAAUGACUCCCAUCUCAUAUCAUUGAUCUCAGAUCUCUGCCACUAUGAAACCAGGUUCAGAGUCAAAUUAAUGGACAACUUUCGCGGCUCUUCUCGUGCUGCCUUGCUGAGGCUCGCAUUACUGAAUGGCGACCUCUCUCUGCUAGCACCCGAAGCGUAUACAACUGGCGGUUUCAUGCCGUCACAGGGAUAUGUCCAAAGAACGAAGCCAGAUCAUACGGGUGAUUCGAGCCUCACUGGUGGCCCCCAAAGGUCUCGAUGGCUACAUCCAUUCGAUACAGAAUCAUCUGCCAUCAACCUUCCAAUUCUCUACCGAAGCAACUUUUUCCGGCUAGGAGGGCUUUACCAUCCAGUGCAUGGAGACUGCCCAGCAUAUGUAUGGGAAGUUGAAACACUCAUUGAUAUGGCUCCCAUACAGCUGAGGUGGCGAGAAACAUGGCUGUCGAUGCGUCCACUCACCGCUAAACCACGACCGCUCGAAGGCGAAACAAGCGAGCAGGUAAUACUUCGUUCACAUCUAAUCGUGGCACAAAUUCGUAAACCCGGCCUUAUGGAUGCAAUAAAAGAUGAUCUACUCAGAGACGGUGCCGUGGGAGAUAAAAACCCCAUAUGGGAGCAUUUCUCGCCAUCCGGUGUGGUCUUUGCCUUGAGUUCGUUAGCAGAGAUGAUCGAGCAGCACUUCCAACUGCGAGAGACGUUGACAUCAAUGAUGUUCGACAUCUUGAAAUUCCUGCACGAAGAAGCUCUGGAGGGUCGACAACCGCAGGCUCAAGGUGUGGAGAACAGUAUAUGGCAGUCAAUGCGAGUGGACAUGUUGCCAUCAUGUAGCCAUGGUACCCUCCCUGACGAGGUAGGCCGCGAGCUCUUUGAGCACCCUGACGUGGUCCAAAGAGCCUCUGAGACGAUUCUAUUUGAUAAAUCUCACGGGCUGAAUGGAGACUACCAUCAAGUCUGGCUCCUUGAUCGAAUCAUGUCCACAGGUGGAGUGUGGGCUGGUCGCUACAAGCGAGAGUUUAGUCCACGAAGAGGAGCAUCUUCUGAUGACGAUGCCGACAAGAAACGCCGCAAGUCGAUAGUAAGAGUGCCAGAGUCUCUAUUCGAGACCGGAACCGACGAUGCAGGAUCGCCUUCAAUUACGGAGGCUUGCGAUGUUGAACAUGAAAGUGACCCGAGGGAAGACCAAAAUGCAGAGACUGGACCUUCGGUGUCUGAGAAUCUAGAAAAGCCCCGGACGGCAAGCAAUGUACUCGGGCGUCAAUGGCGCAACAUGUUCCUUGAUGGGGUGGUUGCGGCAUCACAGCAGUCUUCGACAACCAGUGCAGAAGGGCCGGUAUCCAACCGGUAUGAAACUGAGGUGCCAUCCGGCAAGCUUCUCACCUUUAUGCUGAGUUUUGGGGGUAAAGUUGAGCCAUUUGAGAGAGAUGAACAACUUGAGAAGAAGCUCGUUUCUGUCUUUGACGUGGACGGACCAUGCCUCAUUGCAACCCCCUAUAGUUCGGAGUGGGAGGUCCUACCGCACCCAGAGUAUCGCAGCAUGAGUGUCUGCUGGGUCAUCGAGCCUUAUCGGGACUCAGAAGGUGAUGACGGAGCGGGAAUGAACGAUCUAGAGGAGCUUGGGGAUGACGGCGUUGGUCCGGAGACUGGUACGAAGCGCAAAUGGAAAGGCAAAUCGGUGGACGAUGGGAAGAGUGAUGAUACGGAGACAAACGGGUUCAACCGGGGGCAAUAUCGAGUGAUGAACAAGGUUAAGGGCAUGUGGGAGAUUAUGGAGCUCCCCUGGCAGAGGUACAAGUUUGUUUAG